AUGGAUGGAAAAAAUAACACCAGUUGGAUUGAAAUGGAUGAUGAUGAUGAUGAAAAAGAAUCAACCUCUUCAAAUUCUAAUUUGUCAUCUUCAUCAUCAUUAAAUUUAAAUGGUUCUUUAUAUGAAUUAUCCGAGCUCCUCAAACAUCUUCCUAUAAAGAGAGGAUUGUCUAUGUUUUAUCAAGGAAAGGCACAAUCUUUUGGUUCAUUAGCAAGGGUGAAAAGCAUAGAAGAUCUUGCAAAGAAAAAUAAACCAAAUUAUAGAAGUAAAGUGAAAUCAUGCAAGAACUUUGGUUUGUGCACUACAAAAGCAACAAUAGCAAAGAAAUCUUCAAGAAGAACUUCUUUUUCGAUAACAGUUUCUAAGAAAAAGAGUUUCCUUGGAGAGUCUAGCUAG